AUGCGAUCGAUACUCUCAACGAGCGCGGCGCGGUCAGCACUAAGUGGCCUGCCGCGGCUGGCUACACCAGCCACACGAGCGCAAGCAAGAUGCCUGUCCAGUUUCCGAUCCUCGGCAUCUCCCACACUCUUCCGCAACGCGCGACUCGGGCCGGCAGCCACCAUGCCUGCAUCUGCUAUUCCGGUACGGGCGAUGCAGAUCCGGCUGGCAACAACAUUAGUACGCAAGCCGGAGCAGCCCGAGGAGCCAGAGGUGUACCGCGAUGGUGAACCCAGCAUCGUCGCUACCGACCGUGCCAUUGCGCAGCUCAGGAAGGUCGCCGAGCGCGAGAACAGCUCGUCGCUCGCACUGCGCGUGGCUGUAGAGCCAGGAGGAUGCCAUGGAUACCAGUACAAGAUGGAGAUCACCGAGGAAGUCGAGGAUGACGACUUCCAAUUCGAGGUGCACCCGGGCGUGUCCAUCUUGGUCGACAGUAUCAGUCUGGCACUCGUUAGGGGAAGCACAAUCGACUACGUUACCGAGCUGAUCGGGUCGCAGUUUGCGAUCAAGGACAACCCGCAGGCUAAAGGAGCAGGAUGCGGGUGCGGCCCUACCUACCGCAUUUACUCUCUGAUACGAUACUCCUCCACCUUCGGACGCAGCCCAGCUUCAGUCCCACCACCAACGCAGAGAGCCAUUACAAUGCCGCUCAACUACUCCAAGUGGGACAACCUCGAGCUGUCGGACGACUCGGACAUCGAGGUGCACCCCAACAUCGACAAGAAGUCGUUCAUCCGCUGGAAGCAGCGCGACAUCCACGAGAAGCGCGACCAGCGCAAGGCCGACAAGGACGCACUGCGCGCCGAAAUCGACACGAACAACGAGCUGGCACCCCGACUCGAUGAGCUCGUCACAAAGACCAGCGCAGAAGGCUCGGCAUUCUACUCUCGUGAGGUAGCCAGGCUGUCAGCGGGACGACAGGAGAGAGGCAACAAGGAUGGACCUAACGGCCCAACGGCAGACGACAUGAUCCUCAGCCUGCUGCUGCAGAUUCAGCAGCAGGACAACGUCAAGGGCAAGCAGGGAAGCGAGCUCGAUGAAGAGCUGGUCAAGGAGCUGCGCGGGCACAAAGAGAAGCUGGCGGCCAGGCAGGCGCAAAUUGGGUUCGAGCUGGAGCAGAUGGACAAGGAGGAUGCCAAAAAGAUCACAAGCGACGGUAUCAGGGAGGGAUGGAAUGCAGGAUACGUGGCCAAGGCAGAGCCCGAGCCAACGCCCGCGGCAAAGGGCAAGAAGAAGGAAACGACCAUCGAGACUCUCAACAGCCCGUCGGCUGCACAGCCAAGUGCCUCGGCUGAGAGUGACGACGAGGACGACAUCCCCGAGGCGGACGAUGUGCAACGUCAAUUCGCCGAGCUCCCCUCGUGUGUGCCCUCUUCGAUCCCUCUCUCAGCCUCGUCGCUUCCGGCCAGCUUUGACGCCGCCAAGUCUCUCAACAUCAACGCGUUUGAAACCGCGCUGCAGUUCCUUUCGAAGCACAAGGUGUUGCUUUCGCCCGCCAACAACACCACGGACUCGCUGUUGCUCGAAGCGUUCAAUGCGCAGAUGGCAUCCAAGUCGGCUCUGGCGCGUCGAUGCGUCGAAAAGGCCCUCAUGAUCCAGUACUGCAACAAGCUCGGCCCAGACGGCGUCAACCUCUUCUUCCGCCGCAUGGUCGGGUCGAAAGACGGCCGGGCCUCGGUGGUGUAUCUCAACGACGUGCUUGCGACGUAUGCUCGUAUUCGCGACAGGUCCACGGCGCUCGCUGAGCAACAAUCGGCAGCAGGAGAGGAGCAGAUUCAGCUCGUCGCUGAGGACGAAAAUACGAUCAUCGGGUUCGAGAUCCCCGACGGCCCGCCACCGGACGUGAUCGAACUCGAGGGAGAGGCCAAGGAGAAACUCGACCCUGCGGACGUCAAGGUGUGGCUGCAGAAGAGGUGGGACAUUUUCCAAAGCUUCCCCGAGGACUUCAGGAAGGCGUUGGAGACCAAGGAGCUGACAAAGGUCAACGAGGUGCUGGGCAAGAUGAAGGUCGAAGAGGCGGAGGAAAUCGUGGGCCAGCUGGACCAGGCGGGCAUCCUCAACUUUAGCAGCUCCGAGGUCAGGGACCAAACGGGAAAGUAG